ACAGGCCCAAAUAAAAUGAUGACUGUCAAAUUUUAGUUUUGAUUGAAGAAGAAUUUCGCUUCGUUGUUUGAUCAGAGUUUGUUGUAAUUUUACUACCGCUUUUCGUUUUCAAUACUUAACUAAAACUUUGUUAUUCUAAGAGUCAAUAUUACUUUGAAGCAAAAUGCCGAGUCAGGAAGCAGUUGUCCCCGCUGUGGUCACCGCAAAAGUGACCACAAAGGUUGUGGUUCAUCCGCUGGUUUUGUUGAGUGUAGUGGACCAUUUUAACCGAAUGGGCAAGAUUGGAAACCAAAAACGUGUUGUUGGCGUCCUACUAGGCUGCUGGAGAGCUAAAGGGGUGCUGGAUGUGUCCAACAGUUUUGCAGUGCCAUUCGAUGAGGAUGACAAAGACAAGUCAGUGUGGUUCCUGGACCAUGACUACUUAGAAAACAUGUAUGGCAUGUUCAAGAAGGUGAAUGCCCGUGAAAAGGUUGUUGGCUGGUACCACACCGGGCCCAAACUUCACCAGAAUGAUGUGUCUAUCAACGAGUUGAUUAGGCGAUACUGUCCCAACUCUGUACUUGUUAUUAUUGAUGCCAAGCCUAAAGAUCUAGGUUUGCCCACUGAGGCUUACCAAGCUGUAGAAGAAGUUCACGAUGACGGCAGUCCUACUACUAGAACAUUUGAACACGUCCCCAGUGAAAUUGGAGCAGAAGAGGCCGAGGAAGUAGGCGUUGAACAUUUGCUACGUGACAUCAAAGACACAACAGUCGGCAGUCUAUCCCAGAGGAUCACAAACCAGCUUCUCGGUUUACGUGGCCUCCACUCCCAGCUGAGUGAGAUCAGAGACUACCUACUUCAAGUCGGUCAAGGAUCCUUGCCAAUGAAUCAUCAAAUAAUUUACCAACUGCAAGACAUUUUCAAUUUGUUGCCUGACAUUGCCAAUGACAACUUCAUUGACAAUUUGUACAUCAAGACCAAUGACCAAUCCCUUGUAGUGUACCUCGCAGCUCUGGUGCGGUCCAUUAUUGCUCUCCAUAACCUUAUUAACAAUAAGAUUACAAAUAGAGAUGCAGAGGAAGGUAAGAAAGAAGAGGCCAAGGACAAAAAGGACAAGAAAGAAGAAAAAGACAAAGAAGACAAGAAAACUGAGGAGAAAGUUAAAGUAGAUAAAAAAGAAAAAGAUGAGAAGAAGAAGUAAAUUAAAUUAGACUAA